AUGGCAGAAAGAAACUCUUGUCCUUAUCUUAAAGCUCUUUCGAAGGCUUCAAGCCUUCAAGAAGGAGAGAAAUGUAUUCAUUGUAAUAGUACUGGUUGCAUCAGUGAUUGUAAUAGUAAUAGUGCUCAGAGGAUGUUGGGUAAAUUGGAUCAAAAAGAGACAAUGGAAAUAUUAGACAAUGUUAUAAUACAUUUCGGAAAGAAUAGUAGAGUAGUAACAUCUUCAUCAUCGUCAUCAUUACUUUCGAAUCAAGUGGACGGAAAGGAUAAUUGUAAUUGUUUUUCUUCGUGGUUCAAGAAUAAUAACAAGACCUUUUUGUGGGAUUCUGAUUUGAAAAAGGCAUUUGUAGCCGAUUCAAAUGUACCUUUUCAAACAGCACCAAGCACAAGUUGUAAAAUUGAUACCUCCUCGAGUUUGUUUAAUUCUUUCAAGGAAUUUGUAAGCAAUUCUGGGAGCUCUCCUCAAACCAAGCAGCUGGGAUCUGACAACAGUGAAAGAAGAGGCGAUAAGGAAUUGCUACUCAAUCAUCAUUCGAAAAUCAUUGAGGAUUUGAAAAGCUGUUGGAAAAGGAGGCAUCAAAUAAGGCCAUUCCCAGAUAACAUCUCAUGGUUGCUGGCACUUCUCCGAGAGUGGAAGAUUCCAUUUAAAAAUCUAUUUGAAAAUCAGGAGAUUGAAUGUAGUAAGGAAGAAGCUAAUCCCAAGAUUUUCAUUGGGUUCAAGAGGCAUGACGUUAGAGCAUACUUUAGAAAUUGUAUAAUGACAGCUCUUCAUGCAAUUACUCAAUUCAAAUUACCAUCAGUUACUUGCAUUUUAGGAGAUGAGCACCAUGUGUACAUAUUCAAAAUUGAUUACAAGAGGAGUUUGAAGAAGACUAUCCUUUCCAUUUUCAAGUAUGCAAUGUACAACCAUUGGAAUCAUCAAUGCUCCCUCUAUCUCCAUUUGUACAAGUUGUUUGAUAGUUAUCUGCCCACGGAGUGUUCUGUUUCUGCAUUUGAUGUAAAAUCAGAGGAGGAAAAUGAAUCCCUCAAUGUUACAUCUACCAGUAACAACAGUGGAGAUCAGGAGUCUUUAUCAGACAAGCAAUUACCAACAGUGAAUUCAUCCCUAGUUGAGGAUUCAUCAACAACAGCACUCGAUAGUAUCUCAUCACAACAUGAAAUAUCCUCCCCAAAAAUCCAAGCAAUCAAACAACGAACUGAAGAAAUACUGAGAACCAUCUCUUCUCAACAUCGUUCCCAAAGUCGUUAA